GAGCCCGGCCCAGUCGCUGCCCGCCCGCCGAGGGCCCGAGACCCCGAGAGGAAGAGGGCCGGCCUGGCUUCCUCCCUGCGGAUGGAGCUGCACGGCCGGGCCGCACGGAGCCGCAAACCCACCAAGUUCCGCGCCCUCUCCCGCUCCCUGAUGCUCUGCCACGCGAAGACCAGCGACGACGGCUCCAGCCCCGACGAGAGGCACCCGGACCCCUUCGAGAGGUCCCUGGGCCGGGGCCAGGAGGGGACGGCCCAUGUGCCCGGCCAGCUGGCAGACACGUGCGAGGUGGGGCCUGGCCGCGUCCCGGGCCUGGGCCUGCCCUCCCGGGCCGCGGCUCCGCAGGCGGCCGGCAGCGACGGCGGCCAGCCCGGCAGGAGGAUGUUCUUCCUGAAGGAAGCUUCUACAACUUCCUCUCGGGAAAAGUCCGGAAAACUAGAAGCACAAAGCAGCAGCUUCCUGCUCCCCAGAGUCUGUCACCAGAGGACACGCAGCAACUCCACCAGCGUUAAUCCCUACUGCACGGCCGAGGGGGACUUCCCAGUGACCGGGAGGAUGGCCACCGCCGCAGACCGGCCGCCGUACUCGCUCUGCAGCAGCCGGAAGUCUCUGUCCCAGCAGCUGGACGGUCCUGCGGGGAGGGCCGGGGGCGCCUCCAGGCCCACGCGCUCCCUGAGCACGGCCCAGCUGCUGCAGCCCUCGGGGGGCCCGCACGCGUCCGUCAUCUCCAGCGUGGUGCUCAUGAAGGGCCAGGCCAAGGGCCUGGGCUUCAGCAUCGUGGGGGGGAAGGACAGCGUGUCCGGCCCCAUCGGCAUCUACGUCAAAACCAUCUUCGAGGGGGGCGCCGCUGCCGCCGACGGCCGGCUGCAAGAAGGCGACGAGAUUCUGGAACUCAACGGCGAGUCGAUGGCGGGUCUGACCCAUCAGGACGCCCUGCAGAAGUUUAAGCAAGCCAAGAAGGGGCUGCUCACCCUCACGGUGCGGACCCGGCUGACGGCCCCCCGCUCCCCGAGCGGCCACCUGUCGCCCCCACUCUGCCGCUCCCUGAGCUCCGGCUCCUGCGCCGCCAAGGACGGCGGCCCCUUCCUGGUGGGAGACGCCGAGGCCGCCGCCAGCGCCCGCACGCCCAGUUACAGGGUCCUGGUGGAGGUGUCCCUGACGAAAGAGGCCGGCGUGGGUCUGGGCAUCGGCCUGUGCAGCGUGCCCCACUCCCAGUGCACCUCAGGCAUCUUCGUCCACACGCUCUCGCCGGGGUCGGUGGCGCACCUGGACGGGCGGCUGCGGUGCGGCGACGAGAUCGUGGAGAUCGCCGAGUGCCCCGCGCACUGCAUGUCCCUCAACGACGCCCACGCGGUCCUGAGCCGCUGCAGCCCCGGGCCCGUGCCCAUCACGGUCAGCCGGCACCCGGACCCGCAGGUCUCUGAACAGCAGCUCAAAGACGCGGUGGCCCAGGCCGCAGAGACCCUCAAGUUCGGGAAGGAGAGACAUCAGUGCAGCCUGGAAGGGGCCAAGAGGCUGGAGAGCAGCUGGCAUGGGCGGCCGGCCGGCGACAAGGACAGCUCGGCCCCGCCGCUGCGCAGGGCUCAGAAGGCGGUGACCCGCUCCAGCAGCGACAGCAGCCACGUGUCCGGAUCCCCCGCGGGCAGUCCCGGCCGAGGCGGACAGCAGCAGCCCCUGGACCUGGGAGACGGCGCAGAGGGCCCUGCUGGGCCGGAAGCCAGGCCCCCCCAGCAGAGCCCGCCCCUCCUGCAGACGCAGGAAGACCACCCACCCCUGAGACUGAAGAAGUCGUUUGAGAUUUUCGUAAGAAAGCCAUCGUCCUCCAAGCCCAAGCCCCCACCCAGGAAGUACUUCAAAAGUGACAGUGACCCCCAGCAGCGCCUGCAGGAUAGCGCCGAAGCCCCCGGCCCACACUCUCACUUCCUGUUUACACCACAGGAAGCCGGAGAGCUGCUGCCACCGCUGCCACUGCAGGAAGUCGCAGCACCGGGCGGCCCCCAUGCCACUGCCUGCGGCCCCGGCCCCGCCGCCGACCUGCACACUGCAUCCCCCGCGGAGGCCGAGCCCGGGAGCAGAGGCGGCAGCCCAGGACCUGGGCCGUCCCCGGGCGGGCGCCCGGUGCUGCGGCGGCAGGCGCGGGUGGGCUGCGGCCCGGACGCCGUGGCCGAGGACCCGUGGGCCCGCAUCUCCGGCUGCAUCAGGAGCCUGUUCAGCCCCGUCAUGAGCGAGGGCCACGCAGCGCUGCCGCCCGCCGCCCGCCUCGGCCUCGUGGAGGAUGGGGAGCAGGGCCGCCCGGACGGGCUCUCCCCGAAGCUGGACGCCGGCCCCGGCGCUCCCAACGCUCACAAGCCAGGAGACUACAGCACUGGGAAGAAGGGCCCUCCCGUGGCCCCCAAGCCCGCCUGGUUCCGCCAGAGCUUGAAAGAGCUGGGGCAUGUCGGUGCAGAGCCCAGGCAACGGCCAGCGGCCCCCUCCGCGAAACCCACGCCGGCCCCCAGGGAGCGCCUGGGGCUACCCGCCCGGGCCUCCAGCUCCCUCAGGCAGAGAAUCAGCUCCUUUGAGACCUUCAGCUCCCCGCAGCCGCCCGACAGAGGGGCCCUGAGACCGGGCCUGCAGCCCCCCAGCUCCUCUGCGGAGGCGGUGAACCCUCUGGGGACGCAGGGAGGGGGCCGGGCUCCUGGCCUCCUGGGGCAAGGGGCUCCCCCCACUGGGGGGUGGCUGCAGCCCCAGCAAGAGCCAGAGUCCCCUGGCUCCCUGGGGGCCUCGGAGGCCAGUGACCCGGGUGUGUCGGGGACCCCACCCCUGGGGCAGCUGCCCGCCCAGACGGCGCCCCCCGAGGCAGCCCCCAGCCCUGACCCUCCCCCGAGCCGGCUGCCCGCCCAGACCGCGGGGUCACAGGGUGCCGCCGUCAAGAUGCCCAGCCAGCGGGCGCGCAGCUUCCCGCUGACCAGGACGCGGUCCUGCGAGGCGCAGCUGCCGGACGACCGGGCCUGCAGGCUCUACGCCAUCAGCAGCCAGGUGUCCUCGGCCGUCAUGAAGUCCCUGCUGUGCCUGCCCUCCUCCGUCUCCUGCGGCCAGACGCCUGGCAGCCCCGAGGAGGGGGCGUCUGCAGGGUCCCCGUCCAGCCUGGACCCCGCUGCCGGCAGCGCUGACUCGGGGUUCUCGCUCAACCUCUCGGAGCUGCGCGAGUGCGCGGAGGCCGAGGCCGGAGCCCCCACGCCCGGCCAGUCGGUCAUCUCCCUGCUGAGCGCGGAGGAGCUGAGGCAGCUCAUCGAGGAGGUGAAGGUCCUGGACGAGGCGACGCUGAGGCAGCUGGACAGCAUCCACGUCACCGUCCUGCACAAGGAGGAGGGGGCCGGCCUCGGCUUCAGCCUGGCGGGGGGCUCCGACCUGGAGAACAAGGUGGUCACGGUUCACAGGGUGUUCCCCAACGGGCUGGCCUCCCAGGAGGGGACCAUCCAGAAGGGCAACGAGGUCCUCUCCAUCAACGGCAAGUCCCUCAAAGGGGCCACCCACAACGACGCGCUGGCCAUCCUCCGCCAGGCGCGGGACCCCCGGCAGGCUGUGAUCGUCACCAGGAGGCCGGCGCCCGAGGCUGCGCCCGGCCCGGACUCCUCUGAGGACCCUGCGGCCUCGGCCCCUGGGGCCAGUGACUCCUCCGCAGACUCCACGGAGGCCACGGUCCACACGGUGACGCUGGAGAAGACCUCGGCGGGGCUGGGCUUCAGCCUGGAGGGGGGGAGGGGCUCCCUGCUCGGGGACAAGCCUCUCACCGUCAACCGGAUCUUCAAAGGGGCAGCCCCGGGACAGACGGAGACGGUCCAGCCGGGAGACGAGAUCGUGCACUUGGCCGGCACCGCCGUGCAGGGACUCACACGGUUCGAGGCCUGGAGCGUCAUCAAGGCGCUGCCCGACGGGCCGGUCACGGUUCUGAUCCGGAGGAGGAGCCCACAGCCCCAGGGGGCCCCGGCCGCGGGAGACCCCUAGGAAGAGCGCGGACAGCAGAGCCAGCCACACACACAUUCUCAGGGUCACUGCUCACCCCCGUCCGGGGCUGCUGCCCAGGCCCGGACUUCUGGGACCAGCCCCAGGGCUGUCCCGACGGGGAGGGGGGUCGCAGUGGGGGGCCGACGCGAACGGCGGGCUGUGUACAGGCAGCUCAGUGCAAGCCAGCGGUGCUUCAAAUAAAGUGAAUGUAUUG